UCUGUAAUGGGUAGAAAUGGUUUAUCCAUGUUUUUGUUUUUGAUCCAUUUUGUUUGUUUGCUUUGACAGUUUGUGCUUUUACCAAACCAAACGUAAUCCAACCAACCCCUGUGAUGGUUACUGAGCUGGGAGGCACUGUGACUCUCACUUGCUUUUGUCCUAAUGUGUCGGUGACCAGGUUUCAUUGGUUCAAGCAGAGUUUUGGACAGGAACCCCUCCACAUGACGUCCUCUUUUUAUGGUGGCCAAUAUUAUUCCAACAACUUUAUCAAGGACUUUACUGAGACCAAACAUUUGGGUGUGAGGAGAGGAGACUACAGCUGUAACUUGACCAUAUCAAAGACAGAGCCAGGGGACUCAGCUACAUACUUUUGUUCCACUACAGUCAUCUAUGAGCAAACAUUUGGAGAGGGAACUGUUUUAAUUGUCAAAGACUCAGAGUCCAACAGCAUGUCUGUGCUCCAGCAGCCUGUGUCUGAGUCAGUCCAUCCAGGAGACUCUGUGACUCUGAACUGUACAAUACACACUGAGACCUGUGUAGGAGAACACAGUGUCUAUUGGUUCAGACGUGGCUCAGGAGAAUCUCGUCCAGGAAUCAUUUACACCCACAGAGACAGGAGUGAUCAGUGCGAGAAGAGCCCUGAGGCUGGGUCUCCUACACAGAGCUGUGUCUACAACCUCCCCAAGAGGAACUUCAGCCUCUCUGAUGCUGGGACUUACUACUGUGCUGUGGCCUCGUGUGGGGAGAUACUGUUUGGGAACGGGACCAAGCUGGAUGUUGAACGUGGUCACUCUGAUGAUCCAAAGAUGAGAAUCUUGGUCCUUCUCUCCAUCGUAAGAACUGGAGUUCUCCUCUUCUGUCUGACCAUCUUCAUCAUCAUCUACACCACCAGGAAAUAGAUCAAUCUAAGACAAAUGUCGAUGGACUUUUUGCAGUAAA